AUGAUUCCCACCAUAUCCUCCGUGAUUAGCCCUGCGCUCGGUGUUUAUAAAGACCUAUCCCCUGGUAUCUCCCCACCUCUUGCUGCCGUUGCUGCUCUAGUAGUAGUCGCUUUCGCGGCCUUUGUUCGGGGCCCCACCAAGGAGAAUGAGGCCGUCAGCUAUCUUCGUAGUGGGUUCGACCUUUUGGAGAAACAGGAGACCGAGCAACGGGAGCUGUUGAACAGACUGGAGGAAGAGAGGAGAAGGAUACAGGAUAUGGAGGCGGAUAGGAGGCGACGGGAGUUGGCCAUCGAGCGUGCUACGAUAGUCUUAGGGCAGACAAGGGCCGGUGCAGUGCGAGAGGUCAGGGAGGAGGAGAGGCAACAGAAAGAGGAGGAGAGGCGACAGAAAGAGGACGAGAGGCGACAGGGGGAGGAGGAUAACAGGAUUGAACGAGAGAAACUUUUCCACUUUGCCAGUAUCGGCAAGUCUGGCUGCGGAAAGUCCUCGCUCAUCAACGCAUUCAGGAACCUCAGAAAUAAUGAUGCUGGCGCCUCGGAGGCGGGCACGACGGAGACGACGCUUGAGAUUGGGCGGUAUCCGGCCGGAUGCUGGGACGGGGCCUCCCCGAAACAGGAUGGUAUGGGGCUGUUUAUGUUUGACUUCAUCAUCCUCGCAAUCGGAGACCGUUUCGAAGAGUUCCGACUCCAGGCAAGCACCCGCGGCCCUCUCCUCCACAGGGCAAGCACCGCAGAGCACAACCGCUGCGGCGAGAGAGUGCAAGCCCCAAGCUGCCCCCCAAAUUGCUCCCGAAUGUGCAAAAGGUAG